CUCCCCGCCACCCCGCCCCGCAGAUCGACCCCUCGCGCCCGCGCGCGCGCCAUGGCGUCCUCCUCCUCCGCGACGUCCGGCGACGACCGGCCGCCGGCCGGCGGGGGCGGGGGCGGGGGCGGGACCCCCGCGCAGGCGCACGCCGAGUGGGCCGCCUCGAUGCACGCGUACUACGCCGCCGCCGCCUCCGCCGCCGGGCACCCCUACGCCGCGUGGCCGCUGCCGCCGCAGGCCCAGCAGCACGGCCUGGUGGCGGCCGGGCCGGGGGCGGCGUACGGCGCGCCGGUGCCGUUCCCCAUGUACCACCACCCCGCGGCGGCGUACUACGCGCACGCGCACGCGCACGCCUCCAUGGCCGCGGGGGUGCCUUACAUGGCCGGUGAGUCUGCGUCGGCGGCGGGGAAAGGGAAGAGGGUGGGGAAGACACGGCGUGCCCCUUCCGGCGAGAUCAAUUCCAGUUCCGGGAGCGGCGAUGCCGGGAGCCAGGGGUCAUCGGAGAAGGGAGAUACGGGUGCCAAUCAGAAGGGCUCGUCAUCAUCCGCGAAGAGGAGGAAGUCCGGCGCUGCAAAUACAGAAGGUGAGCCAUCUCAGGCUGCCACAGUGCAGAAUGCUGUAACCCAGCCGCCAUUGGAAGACAAGGAGAGGUCUGCAUCCAAACUGUUGGUUUUGGCACCUGGGAGGGCGGCACUCCCCAGUGCUGCACCAAACUUGAAUAUUGGGAUGGAUCCCUUGAGCGCUUCUCCAUCCUCCUUGGUACAGGGGGAAGUGAACGCCGCAGCUUCUUCCCAGAGUAACGCUUCACUGUCUCAGAUGGAUGAACGGGAACUGAAGAGGGAGAGAAGGAAACAAUCCAACAGAGAGUCUGCAAGGCGAUCAAGAUUACGCAAACAGCAAGAAUGCGAAGAGCUAUCCCAGAAGGUGAGUGAGCUGACCGCAGCGAACGGCACGCUCAGAUCAGAACUCGACCAGCUUAAGAAGGACUGCAAAACCAUGGAAACAGAGAAUAAACAGCUGAUGGGUAAAAUACUAAGUCACGAUGAUAAAAUGCAGCAGUCAGAGGGCCCUAGUGUUGUGACUACCCUAAGCAUCCAGGUCGAAGCGCCCGAGCCGCAUCAGGGAGGAGACGGCAAAGCUUCAUAAGAAACGCUCAACAGCAACAGCGAGGGGUUGGAUCGAGUGCCAACCAGUAAUUAGAAGUCAAGAAGAUUGGUGGAGUUCCCUAUUAUCUAACCCCGCCAUCGCCCAAUAGCGUUUCACCCCCCUUUGAAGCUCCAUAAUCAUACUUGGUUUUUGGUCUUAGUCAUUGCUGGCCAAUGAGUUGUUUGUAAAACAAGGUGUAGAUAAAUGUAUGAUAGGUUACUAUAUUUGUUUUUAUAUUUUGGUGUACUUACAAGAAGUGACAUCCGGACGGUUGAAGAGCUCUUGCUGGUAUGGUA